UCUCUUGUCGUUUUUAGCCGCGUACGUAGGUCCACCACGAAACUUCCUCUCCCCCCGACCUAUUGUCCCUCCUCUGUGUCUCUUGUCUCAUCCCAAUCGACGGUACAUGUCUCUGUAACGCCGAGAAACUUCUUCUCUCGCAAUCGAUUCACCGAUCCAAUUCUCCAAAAUUUCUAAUGGCAACUGGUUUUAGCGGCGAUGAAACCGCUCCUUUCUUCGGCUUCCUUGGCGCCGCGGCGGCCCUCGUUUUCUCAUGUAUGGGAGCUGCCUAUGGGACAGCCAAGAGCGGUGUUGGUGUAGCAUCAAUGGGCGUUAUGAGACCAGAGCUCGUGAUGAAAUCUAUAGUUCCUGUUGUUAUGGCUGGAGUGCUUGGUAUUUAUGGUUUGAUUAUUGCUGUUAUUAUUAGUACUGGAAUUAACCCUAAAGCCAAAUCAUAUUACCUCUUCGAUGGUUAUGCUCAUCUUUCUUCCGGUCUGGCCUGUGGUCUUGCUGGCCUUUCUGCUGGUAUGGCUAUUGGUAUUGUUGGAGAUGCUGGCGUCAGAGCUAAUGCACAGCAGCCAAAGCUUUUUGUUGGCAUGAUUCUCAUUCUCAUUUUUGCUGAGGCACUGGCUCUUUAUGGACUCAUUGUUGGCAUCAUCCUUUCUUCUCGAGCUGGGCAAUCUCGAGCAGAAUAGAAUAGCUGGCUGUUGGCAUCACUGGUUAUUCUCAGGUCGGUGAUGCCGGUGAAGAUUGUGCAGGUGUUUUAUGAAGUCAUUUAUCAUGCAUGUUAGUUGACCAUCGAAAUAAAGCUUGUCAUGCUCUACAUUUUUGUUGUAUUCUUCAUAUAUUAGUUGAACCUUGAAAACUAGUGUGCACAUUAUUUGGUUAUUUGUUAUACACUUGUCUUUUUGUUUUGAUCAUCAGCUAAUGUGCUACUGUAAUGGAAUAAUUGCACGCCGCUAAUAGCCCGUUUCUCUGUCUCUUUCAUGCCUCGUGUGAUUAUGUAUUUAUAUGUUUGUAAAAUGUAACUAUUAGUCUGCACUUGGCCAUUUCUUAUCAA